AUGAAUUCAAUCCCCAAGGAUAUAAUUUGUGGAGUUUGUACCAAUAUACUCCGGGAUCCCUACACUCUACCCUGUGGUCACACCUUUUGCUUGCGGCCAUGUCUUCUGCAUCACGCCAGGGCGGUUGAUGCCCGCUGCAUUUACUGCCACAUCGAAGUUUCGGCCAACGAAUUGUCGCCGAAUUACUCCCUCGCUGGAAAAGUGCAUCUCUUCAUGACUGAACAGCAGGAGGCGCACGACACCAGUGCUGAUCCAACUAAGCAGGUGGUUCAUCGACGAACCAAGAAGUGUGGGGCUUGUCGUAGUCCAACUGAAGAGUUGAAUUUCUGCAGACACUGCCAGCAGAUGAUUUGUCCCAAGUGCUCUGAUCGGCACAUCGACAAUUACAAUUUCAUGCUGCGGGUAAAAGUUAACUCUCUUACCGCCACUAAAGAGAAGUUACUCAAAAUGAAGAAAUCAUUUCAAGAGAACGUGCAAAAGACUUCAUCAAAGCACUGCACCAUUGUUAAAGAUUUGGAUGAUGUGGUGACAGAGCUGCAAGCCGCCACAAGUGAAUCUUUGCAGUCCGCGCUGUCGACGCUCGAGGUCACUGACAUGGAGGGUUACGAAGUUCUCUCGGAUAUAGGAAAAAAAUUGGCAGCAUUAUCAAGUGAAUUGGGUACUGUUCAGGAAAUUGCAGCGAGCGUCUCGACCCUACACAUUUUAAGCCAUCUUUUAGAAAAACAGAGAACCGUGCAGAAAUUCUACGAGGAGUCAUUGACUUUGGAAAAAAUGAUCCAAGGCAUCAAACGACUUCCGAUAACACGCAUGCAACUUUCGAAGCAGGUUAAUACGAUCGGACUCAAAUUCGAAGGAUUCGAUCUGAUUAUAUGCGACGGACCGAUGCCGCCUGAACGAACCUUGGCAAUAAACCAAUCUCGUCGCGCGAAAAGGGGUGAGAGUCUAAAGGCAUCGAAGUCACCAAGUCAGGAUGACUGCCAAUCGGUGACUUCCAAGGUGAAAUUGUACGUGGGUGGCCUCAGGAUGACUCAUACGGCCGAUCAAAUUCGGGAGUACUUUGAGCAUUACGGUACUCUCGAUGACUGCUAUUUGGCCCUUGACUUCAAAACAAAGGAGUCUCGUGGGUACGCUUUCGUCACCUUCCGCGAUCCUUCGGCUGUUGACCGAGUCCUCAAGGAAUGCCCUCAUUUCAUCGACAGCGGUCCCGUUCAUGUUAGACGGUUCAAUUGUCAAAAGACUUCACAAGCGCGUCUCAACCCCAUGUACGUAUUUUCACAGUGCCGCAGUCUCAGAAGCCGUAAACAAUCGUAUAAUACUUAUGUCGGUGUGCUCAUCAUUGCCAAAACAAAGGAAGGUGAAAAGAGCCAAGUUAAGGUGAGCAACAAGUGUCGAAUUUUCGUCGCGGGCCUCGAUUUUGAUGCUACUCAGGACGCGGUUCUGAAGUACUUCUCCCAAUUUGGCUGCGUUACCAAAGUAGAUAUAGUUUUGGAUCGUGCAAGUGGAAAAUCUCGUGGAAUCGCCUUUGUAAACUUUGAUUCGCCGGAAACUGCUGCCAAGGUGUUGGCGAUUGGUCAUGAAAUGAACGGUCGCUCUCUCUUUGUGAGCAGUGCAUUCGAUAAAGCCAAUGAGAAGCAGACUGGAAAGGCCUCACAACCUCAAGCAACGGCGAAAGUAAAGAGAAGUUCACCUAAGAAGAAAAAUUCCAAAGCAAAACCCUCUCCGGCUAAAGGCGAUUCCAAAUCGUCAGGCAAAGCGCUGGAGGAUGAGACCGAGACUUCAGAUCCCCUGCUUCCGCUUUUCCUAUGA